AAUUCAUAAUGUUUACAGGUGGUAUAUUUGGGAACCAAAAUCCAAGUUAAUCAACAGGAGGAAUAGGAGGAAUACUAGGUAAUAUAAUUUAAGACAAUUAAGGUCAAACAUAGUAAUCUACAUUUGGUGCACCAUAAGGAGGAUUAUUUGGGAAUACAGCUCCAUAAUAAGGUUUAUUUGGAUAAGGUUAAGGUUAAUAAGGAUAACCUGGAUUUGGUGGUAUGAUGGGUGGUUAAAUGACAUAAGGAGGAUUAGGUGGAAAUCUUGGAGGAGGACUAGGUGGAGGACUUGGUGGAGGACUAGGAGGAGGAUUAGGACUUUAAUAAUAAACUUCAAGUACAUUUGGAACAACAGGAGGAGGAUUAGGUUAACCUCCAGUAUUAGGAUAAUAGGCUCCAACUUUUGGAGGAUUAGGAACAGGAUUAAGUGGAGGUGGUCUUGGAAAUGGAUUUGGAUAAUAACCAGGAUUGAUGGGUUAAUAACCAUAAUAAACAGGAAGUUUAUUUGGAUAAGCACCUUAAAGCGGAGGAUUAUUUGGAUAAUAAUAAUAAUAGCCAUCUUUAUUUGGAUAAUAAUAAUAAUAAUAAUAACAAACUUAAUAACCAGCAACAGGAUUAUUUGGAGCUUCAGCUCCUGCUUCUUAACCAUAUGGAUAAUAAGGAGGUUUAUUUGGAUAAACACCUUAAUAGCCAUAAUAAACUGGAUUUGGAUUUGGACAAUAAUAAACAGCAACUCCAGGAUUUGGAGGAACAGCUCUUUUUGGUUAAUAAUAACCUUAAUAAUAAGUAUAAAGUGGUCUAGGAUUUGGAGGAGGAGGAUUAGGAUAGUAAACUUAAACAGGAAAUUAAAUUGUUAUACCUGGAGGUGUUGAUGAUUCAGUAAAUGAUGCUACUUUAGAAUAAAGAAUUAGAUUAGAAGAUUCUGUAUCAGCUAUAUGUUGGGGAACAACAACAUUACCAAAUUUUUUAGUAAUCUCUUCAUGGGAUGGAAAAGUCAGAAUUUUAGAAAUUCAACAGAGCUCAUAUAAAAGAGAACUUUUUGAAAGAAGAUCUUUCUAAGUUGAUGGUGCUGUAGGAUAAGUUCAAAAUCCAAUAAUUUGUAUGGAUGCUAAAGGAGAUUUAUCAUAAAUAUUUAUUGGUUGUGGAUUUGAUCAUACAGUUAGAGUUAUUGAUGUAAAUUCUGGUUAAAUUGUUCCCAUAGGAUAACAUCAAGCUUUAAUAAUAUCUGUUUAUUGGAUAGAAUCAGCAUAAAUGAUAUUAUCUAUUUCUGCUGAUUAAUCUUUAAAAAUGUGGGAUGUUAGAGCUCCUGGUUAGCCAAGAUUUUAAUGUCAAUUUUAACAUAAACCACUUGUUUCUGAUUGUAAUUUCCCAUUAUUAGUAAUUGGAUUUGCAACUGAAAAAUUAACAAUCAUUAAUUUAAAUGAAAUUUAAUAAUUACCAGGAAGAUUUUAAUAUAUUGAUUCACCUCUUGGUACAUAUUCAUAAUUAACCUCUAUUGCAAUAUUUCCAGCAAGAGAUGGAUUUACAUUAGGUUCUAUUGAUGGAAGAGGACAUUAAACUAAUAUCAUAACCAAAUCUACAUAAGGUAUGCCUACAGAAUUUUCAUUAAAGUCUAUUAUGACCUUUAAAGCUCACAAAGUAAUUAUUUAUUUUUAUAUUUUAUAGGUUGAAGAUAAUCAAAAAGGAAAAAUUUAAAACUAUUUCUUUCCUGUUAAUUGUAUAUAAAUGAAUGUCAAGAAUAACUUCUUUCUCAUGACUGCUGGAGGAGAAGGUUAAAUGAUCUUUUGGGAUAUUAAUGUAAGAAAUAAAAUAAGAACAUUUUAAUUCAAUUGUAAUCCUAUUGUUUGUGCAAAAAUGAGUCCUGAUGGUUCCAUGCUUGCAUAUGCUUUAGGUAAUGAUUUUUCUAAAGGACCUGAAUACUUUAAUGAAUUCUAACCUAAAAUUUUUGUUCAUUUCAUUCCAGACAACGAAUUAAGAUACCCUAAAAAUUGAUUUCGUUUUUAAUAUCUAUAUUUUCAUACCUAU